UUGUCUCGCGCAAAAUCUGUACUCUGAGCAGAGGUAAGAUGGCGGUCGCUGUACGAACUUUGCAGGACCAGCUGGAAAAGGCGAAAGAAAGCUUAAAAAAUGUGGACGAAAACAUUCGGAAAUUGACGGGCAGAGAUCCCAACGAGCUCAGACCUGGUCAAGCUAGAAGGCUAACCAUCCCAGGCCCAGGUGGAGGUAGGGGGCGAGGAAUUGGUUUAUUGAGGCGUGGACUCUCGGACAGUGGAGGAGGACCCCCAGCUAAGCAGAGGGAUAUUGAAGGGGCACUCUUGAGGCUGGCUGGCGAUCAACGAGCGAGGAGAGAUUCACGCCAUGACAGCGACGCUGAGGACGAUGAUGAUGUGAAAAAACCAGCGUUGCAGUCAUCCGUUGUUGCUACCUCCAAAGAACGAACACGUCGAGACCUUAUCCAAGACCAGACCAUGGAUGAGAAAGGAAAACAAAGGAAUCGACGUAUGUUUGGCCUGUUGAUGGGAACUCUGCAGAAAUUUAAGCAGGAAUCAUCAGUGUCCACAGAGAAGCAAAAAAGACGUUUAGAAAUUGAAAAAAAGCUGGAAGUACAAGCUGAACAAGAACGUAAAAAGAUAGAAAAUGAGAGAAGAGAGCUGUUUGAGGAAAGGCGUGCAAAGCAGACAGAGCUGAGACUUCUUGAACAGAAAGUGGAACUUGCUCAGUUGCAAGAAGAGUGGAAUGUGCACAAUGCUAAGUUAAUAAAGUAUAUCCGUACAAAAACCAAGCCUUCAAUUUUCUAUAUUCCUGGCAAGAUGUGCUCAGCCACUCAGAAGCUCUUAGAGGAGUCUCAGAAAAAAAUGAAUGUGAUGUUGCAGGAGAGGCGUGAGGCGUUUGCCGAGCACCUGAACAAGAUGGAGGCUCGGCCCAGGCGCCAACUACUGAGGGACAAAGUCCAGGGGGAUCCUCGCGGCGAAUGGCCGAAGAAAGAAGAGCAAGAGGAGGGUAAGCCAUCUGGGCAGGAGGUGGAGGUGACAGGUAACCAGAACGAUGCAGAGAUGGAGGAGGGUGGGGAGGGGGAUGAAAAAGAGGUGAGUGUAGGACAGAGUGGUCUGGAGCAAGAGCAGGAGAAGCCAGUGGAGAUGAAUGCAGGCUGCAAGGACGACGAGGAGAAGGGUGCAGAGGCAGCAGAAAUUAGAGAGGCGGAGGAACAGGGAAGAGAAGAAGAAAACAGGGAGCCCACAGAGGGACAGGUAGGGGAAAAGGAUGAGCAGGUGGAGGAGGAGAUGGUGCCUGUAGGUGUGGAGGAAGGUGAUGAGAGGAAGGAAGAUGAGGGUGAGAAUGAAGCAGAAGGACAGAAGGAAACCCAAGCAGUCUCUCCCUGGAAGCCCCCUCUUGAGUUAGUGAGCCCAGAGGAUGGGUCAGAGUCCUGCUCUGCUACCAGCCGGCCUGCGGAAUUCAUGGUGGUGGAGCCUGUCGGCAUGGGAACUGCAGCCACUGCAACGGCUCCACAGGCCCACUCGCCACAGCAUGAGGCAGGAUUGGAGGCCCAGAGGGAGGAGCAAGGGUGGGGCCCAAUGCCUCAGACCCAGGUGGAGGGUCUAGUUAAGGUGCCCAGUGCUCAGGGAGACGGCAGGGGGAGGGGGGCAGCCAGGGAUAGGAAGAGAAGCCGGAGCAGCAGCAGUUCGACCUCCAGCGGCUCGUCGAGCUCCAGCUCCAGCGGCUCGUCCAGCUCCAGCGGCUCGUCCAGCUCCAGUGAGGGCAGCAGCUCUUCCAGCAGCAGCAGCUCCUCCAGCAGCCGGAGCAGAAGCCGCAGCCACACCAGGGACAGGAAGCACAGGGGCCGGCCCUCUGACAGGGACAGGAAGAGAGGAGGGGGCAUGGCAGCUGAUAGGAGCCACAAGUUGUCCAAGGGCAGCGGUCGUGAUGCCAAGGGGGCCAAGGACAAGAGCUCCAAGUCAGACAGGAGGAGGUCGUUUUCAGAAGGCAACCGGAUGGGGAAACGGCCCUCUCACAGCGAAAGGGCCCGCAAGUCAGACAGGAAGGACAAGAGGCGUUAGGCAGGCCUGAACCUUGGCAGUCUGGCUUUUUCCAUUCUUUCAAAUGCUGAAAAGGAGGCUGUUUUUCACCAGAAAGAGUAUUGAAUGGACUCAAGGCUAGAAGAUAUUUCGACCUGUGAAUGGUGAACUUCGCCUUAAGUAACCAUUUUUAAUACUUGCAUUAAAAUAUGCUCACAGCAAAUUGUGGGACAUGUUGAAUGAAAUAAAACAUUUUCAUGUUUAGUUCUUUUGAAAUGCUGUUUUGAUGGGCUUUAGUUUUAUCCGGUUCAGGCCCUUAGCAUCGUCGUCAGUCAUGGGGGCAGUGAAGGGGGCGUUACUUAGACUUUGUGUGUGGUUAUCAAAUCGUGAUUCCGGUGUCUAGAAAAUCAGGUCUGGGUUUUUUAUAUGGUUUAUUUUCUUUCAAAUUUUUUAUAUCUGGUAAUUUUUAAUGUCUCGUUUCUUCACUACCAAAACUCAGAAAAGAACGAUGAACACUUGAUAAGCUCUGAUGAUGGCGAACCCUGCUGGGCGCAGCUUUUAAUGGUGCACUGACCAGUUUUCCCAGUCAGAUUAGAAAUAUUGUUAUUCAGUGUCGUUUUCAACUCUAAAUGUUAUACAGCCAUAUUUAAUAUUUUUGUUCUUCAGUCAUUGUCUGUGACCUCAUGAAUCAGGAUUAAGUUAAAGUCAAAGUCUUUGGUGAAUAAAAUACUCUUGUUGACUUUUUUUGUACUGAGGAAACUGCACCGUCUUCAUAAAUAAAGAAGU